AAGAAUAACUCUAGUUAAAUACUAUGUGGACUAAUUAUAGUUUCUUUAAUUUUCAUAGCUAUAUUAUGAAAAAAGUAAAUUGAAGAAAUGGAAACUGCAAAUUACACCAAGGUGACAGAAUUUGUUCUCACUGGCCUAUCCCAGACUCGGGAGGUCCAACUAGUCCUAUUUGUUAUAUUUCUAUCCUUCUAUUUGUUCAUCCUACCGGGAAAUAUCCUUAUCAUUUGCACCAUCAGGCUUGACCCUCAUCUGACUUCUCCUAUGUAUUUCCUGUUGGCUAAUCUGGCCUUCCUUGAUAUUUGGUACUCUUCCAUUACAGCCCCUAAAAUGCUCAUAGACUUCUUUGUGGAGAGGAAGAUAAUUUCCUUUGGUGGAUGCAUUGCACAGCUGUUCUUCUUACACUUUGUUGGGGCUUCAGAGAUGUUCUUGCUCACAGUGAUGGCCUUUGACCGCUAUGCUGCUAUUUGCCGACCCCUCCACUAUGCUACCAUCAUGAAUCGACGUCUCUGCUGUAUCCUGGUGGCUCUCUCCUGGAUGGGGGGCUUCAUUCAUUCUAUAAUACAGGUGGCUCUCAUUGUUCGACUUCCUUUCUGUGGGCCCAAUGAGUUAGACAGUUACUUCUGUGACAUCACACAGGUUGUCCGGAUUGCCUGUGCCAACACCUUCCCAGAGGAGUUAGUGAUGAUCUGUAGCAGUGGUCUGAUCUCUGUGGUGUGUUUCAUUGCUCUGUUAAUGUCCUAUGCCGUCCUUCUGGCCAUGCUCAAGAAACAUUCAGGCUCAGGUGAGAAUACCAACAGGGCCAUGUCCACCUGCUAUUCCCACAUUACUAUUGUGGUGCUAAUGUUUGGGCCAUCCAUCUACAUUUAUGCUCGCCCAUUUGACUCUUUUUCCCUAGAUAAAGUGGUAUCUGUGUUUCAUACUGUGAUAUUCCCUUUACUUAAUCCCAUUAUUUACACACUGAGAAACAAGGAAGUAAAGGCAGCCAUGAGGAAGUUGGUCACCAAAUAUAUUUUGUGUAAAGAGAAGUGAAAGAUAAAUGAUACAUUUUAUAGUCCUCCUGAGGAUCAUUGUCCUAAAGCAGGAAGUAUUUGCAGUAAUAACGCUGCCUUCACUUCC